AUGCAGAUGCGCCUGCUCAGGGCGGUGGGCUGGAGCUUAGCGGCCGUGCUGGCAGUGCUGGGGGUGGCCGUCUUCCUCCUGGUCCUCACCCUGAAGAAGGAUGCUGCCCUUCCUACGAGGAACAAAUACGGUCUGGUGUUUGACGCUGGCUCCACGCACACCGCUCUCUACAUCUACCGGUGGCCCGCAGACAAGGAGAACGGCACUGGCAUCGUCUCCCAGGUGGAGGCCUGCACUGUGUCCGGACCCGGCAUCUCCAGCUACGCAGACAAACCGGCUGAGGCUGGAGCCAGCCUGAAGCCCUGCCUGGACAAGGCCAUGAAGAUCGUCCCAGCAGAGCAGCAGCGGGCGACCCCCACCUACCUGGGGGCCACAGCGGGCAUGCGGCUGCUGAGGGAGCAGAACAGCACCAAGGCCGAGCAGGUCUUGGCCGAGGUUGCCAAGGCCAUUGGCCAGUACCCUGUGGACUUCCGCGGAGCUCGGAUCCUGACGGGGAACGAGGAGGGCUCCUUUGGCUGGAUCACCGUCAACUACCUGCUGGAGACCCUCAUCAAGUGCUCCUUCACAGGCAAGUGGACCCACCCGCCAGCAGAAGUUGUGGUUGGAGCUCUGGACCUCGGUGGAGCUUCAACCCAGAUCACGUUCCUUCCUGGGACCACCAUAGAUGACAGCAGCACCAAAGCCCUCCUCAGGCUGUACGGGACCAACUACUCCAUUUACACCCACAGCUACCUCUGCUAUGGGGAAAAGCAAGCCCUGAAGAUGCUGAUGGCAUCCUUACACCAGGACAGCCAGACUCCCCAGCAGAUAUCACACCCCUGCUACCCCAAGGGCUACCAGGAGAACGUCAGCACGGCAGACCUCUAUGACAGUCCCUGUGUCCAUGCCCCGAGCACGCCCAGCCCUGCACAGAACCUCACGGUGACAGGGACGGGGGAUCCGACAGCGUGCGGCACCGCCAUCGAGAAACUUUUCAACUUCAGCUGUGGGGCCAACAGGACGUGCGGGUUCAACGGGGUUUAUCAGCCGCCCGUGCGGGGACAGUUCUUCGCCUUUUCGGGGCUCUAUCACAGCCUUCACUUUCUGAACCUGACUGGAGGGCAGUCCCUGAGCUUGGUCAACGCCACCAUCGGGCAGUUCUGCACCAGUAGCUGGGAGAAGGUGCAGAAGGAGUUCCCCACCAUGAACAGGACCCACCUGCGUGACACCUGCGCAGCCAGCACCUACGCCCUCGCCCUUCUCCUGCAAGGCUACAAAUUCAACCACAAAACGUGGCUUAACAUCCAUUUCGUCCGGCAGGUUGCUAACGUAGACGUGGGCUGGACUCUGGGCUACAUGCUCAAUCUCACCAACAUGAUUCCCUCGGAGACUCCCCAGAGAGUCGUAGGGCUCCAGAGGAGCAACUGGAUAGUAGCCACGGUUUUACUGGCCAUCAUGCUCAUCCUCAUCUUUGGCCUGCUUACAGUCAUAUGCUGCCAGAAAAACUCCGGUUAUGAGAGUCUCUAG